AAGACGUUUGCUACGCUCCAAACACACAACAUUUCUCAACAUAUGGAAUAAAAUUUUUGAGUAGUAGUAAUUUACCAUCUUUACUGAAAAGUGCUUACACAAAGUUUAAUUUUAUAAGAAUUGCGAAAACUUGAAUGAAAAUAAUAAAGUAAAAUGUCAACACAAAGUGCAAACGUGACUAACAAAAAUAUGCCGUCGGCUUCGAACAGUACAAGUGGUAGAAAUAGUAGUGCGGCCAAUAUCAUCUGGCUGCAGCUACAAAGCCUUGUGAAUACUAUCAAUCAUAUUCUAAUCGGACUAAUUGCUCUGUAUAUCACCAUAUUGGGACGCAGUUUGGACUUUCAAAAUACCGCGAUGCAUGCAUUUCUAACCAUUAUCGGGUUCAAUGUGCUAAUGGCCGAAGGACUAAUGUCGCAUUAUCCAAUCAACUUCGUAACAAAUCGUUUCUCACAUCGUACUAAAUCAAAAAUUCAUGGCGUACUACUAAUGGUGGGCGGUUCACUGGCAUUGCUCGGCUCGUUUGGUAAAAUCUCGCAGACAGAAUUGCAUUUCUCCACAUUACAUGGCAAAAUUGGUCUUGCUGCUACAUUCCUCUGCAUUGCCAGUAUCAUCGGCGGCUUAGUCAAUUAUUUUCAACCGACAUUGGCACUUAAAGUAUAUACCCCGGCAACAAUAAAAUACAGGCACAAUUUCUUUGGUAUGGUGACCUUUACCCUGGGCAUGUUUACAAUAUAUCUCGGCUAUCGCACAAAGUUCGCAUAUAAAUAUAUGGAUCCGGAAUUUAUUGCUGUCAUAAGUUUAGCCACAGUUUUGGUAUAUAUUUUUACAAUGAUUGGACCAUUACGUUCGUUUUUGGAUAAAAUGAGGUAUAGAAAACAAUUUCGUAAAUAAAGUAUAUAGUGUUGUACAUAUAUACAUAUGUAUAUAUGUACAUAUUUUGUAGUUGAAGGUCCUAUUAGUUA